AUGACGGUGAAGCCUCGCUACUACCUCCUGGUUCAUGUUCGGUCAGACAAGCUACUCGGAGCGAAGCUAGCUGUUAGCUUCAACUGUCCCGACGGCCGAGAUGAGUUUCCUGGGAGGUUUGUUUGGGCCGGUAUGUGAGAUAGAUGUACUGCUGAAUGAUGCAGAGAACAGAAAGACGGCAGAGUUGAAGACAGAAGACGGGAAAGUGGAGAAACACUACCUGUUCUAUGAUGGGGAGUCUGUGUCUGGCAAGGUGAAUCUAAAUGUGAAGCAGGGAGGAAAACGACUCGAGCAUCAGGGCAUCCGCAUCGAGUUUGUCGGACAGAUAGAGUUGUUCUCCGAUAAGAGCAACACCCACGAAUUUGUGGACCUUGUGAAAGAGUUAGCUUUACCCGGGGAAAUCACUCAGAACAGAAGCUACGACUUUGAGUUCAUGCAGGUGGAGAAGCCCUACGAGUCGUACACUGGAGCCAACGUCAGGCUAAGGUAUUUUCUCAGGGUGACAAUAGUCCGCCGUCUAUCUGACUUAGUGAAGGAAUACGAGUUAAUUGUCCACCAGUUAGCCACCUACCCAGAUGUCAACAACUCCAUCAAGAUGGAGGUCGGCAUAGAAGACUGUCUUCACAUCGAGUUUGAAUAUAAUAAAUCCAAAUACCACCUUAAAGACGUCAUUGUUGGUAAAAUCUACUUCCUGCUGGUCAGGAUCAAGAUCCAGCACAUGGAACUGCAGCUCAUCAAGAAGGAGAUAACGGGCAUCGGUCCCAGCACUGCCACUGAGACGGAGACGGUUGCAAAAUACGAGAUCAUGGAUGGAGCGCCAGUUAAAGGAGAGUCAAUCCCCAUCAGACUGUUCCUGGCUGGAUAUGACUUGACACCCACUAUGAGGGACGUCAACAAGAAAUUCUCGGUGCGCUUCUUCCUUAAUCUGGUGCUGGUGGAUGAAGAGGACAGAAGAUACUUUAAACAACAGGAGAUUGUUUUGUGGAGAAAAGCCCCAGAGAAGAUACGGAAAAGAAACUUCCAUCAGCGAUACGAGUCACCCGAGCCCCGAACCCAGCCAGUUAAUGCAGAGCAGCCAGAGAUGUGAGGGUGAUGCUAUAAACUCUUAACAACACAUAGACAAACCCCAACUCUUCAUAGCAGAACAGCCAGAAGUGUGAGAGCUGCCCCCACUAUCUUCCUGGACUGAGAAAUAUCACUAUACAUGAAUACACUAUAACGUUCUCUCAGAUACCACCACCCUGUCCUUCCUUUCCACUUCACAGCUUCUGAUAAGAGCUGUUCAGCCACCAUCACUCUCUUCCCACCAAGACUGAUACAAAUACGUCUGCGGCACACAAGUCUGACAACACACACUCAGACACACACAAGUGAAGCCAUACAAUCUCAGCUUGCUGAAUGUGUAAUGAAACAAAGAUGGAGACGGUUCCACGCGACCACCACCACCACCACACCCUCCAUGGAUUUACCCAGAAUCAGGAGCUUCUUUACAGUUAAUAUUUUCCUGGACAUUCUCUUUUACCCUCCUGCCUCAACCCCCCCCUACAAAAUGACGGUUUUUAAAAUCUAUAUGGAAUUACAAGUUACUAAAGAAAGGUGGUGGGGAUCAUCUGCAAAGAAAUAACAGAUGACAGGAUAAGCUUUGAGUCACAGCGACACUCUGUUGUUACACACUGUGCUUUCAUUCGUCCGUACUGCUGUUCCCAAGAUUUUCUCUUGUGUCUGGAACCUGCUCAUUUCAAGUAAAAUGUCAAUUUGAGUUUUGUGCAAGAAACGUCCAAAUUAACAUACGUUUAUUUCUUACUCAACACAAGCAUAAUGUCAGUGUUUUUCAUUUCAUAAAACUGUUAGAAAUUAGAACUGAUAGAGAUACGACUAAUCAUUUUUAUUACAACAAAACAUAUAUAUAUAUAUAAUUUGGCCAUUCAUGAUUUCAUAGAUCUAAGAUCUUGUUUUUUUUGAGAAUUAAAACAUACAAGAUAUUAACACUUGGCAAAUAUUUUAUUCAAAUAUCACUGAAAUUAUUAAGUUAUCAUGACAAUGGUUAAGGUUAAGGUGCUGUUUGGUUAUGAGUAAAAAAAUAUAUUGUUUGUCUUCAAAUUUGCUCACUAGUAAUACCUAAAAUGUUGUGUGGAAAAAGCAGGACCUCCCAGUUUGUUGGCGUAGAGGAAGAAAACCGGGAUAUAUAUAUAUUUAAAAAAAACCCCAUUGCUUUGUAAUUUGUGUGAAUCAAAGUUUUCAUCUUCAGGCUGGUUUAUGUGAACAGUCAGUGAUGUUCAAAAUGGAUCUUUAAUCUCCUGAAUUUCAAACCUGAGAAAAGUUGAAUGCAUAUUUUCACUGAUUUAAUGGAACAAUGAAUUGAUGUUGGCUCUUAUCGGCAGCCUGCACAUCCUCUGUGCAGGUUUUUUUCUUUUUUUUUUUUAAAACACAGUUUACUUAUUGUACCUGUUGGUUUUGCUAGGUGUAGAAUUCUCAUGUAAACAAAUGGCUCACGUCUGCUGUACAACACACUGGAAGACACUGACAUACUGUAAAAUCCAAUCAUCUGCCACUGUGAUGCUCAGACCAGCAGUUUAGGUCUCACUCACAUGCACAGACAUUCACGUUCACACAGCACAGCAAUGUUACCGGCCCUGUGUGCUGUCAGCUCUAAUCUGUGGUCAGUUUUGCACGUUUUUUUUUCCUUUCAAUAAACUUCGUAUAAAUGGGCAUGGAGGCUGAAAUGAAACUUCGCUAAAGGACGACUUCACCUCAGAUCUCUCGUCUGUAAUGGAAAUGAUACUGUCAUGUAUAUGUCAGUACUUAUUUUAAUUUGACUCAAGCUUUUGUUUUGUUUCAUCAUGCUGCCAUGUUUUGUGUUUGAUUUCUCAAUUGUCCGAACACUCUGAUCUACUGUUUUUGAUAUUCCAUGCAAAUGUUGACUGGUUUUCCUUGUCCUUUGUCUGGAAAUUGUAAUUUAUUUGCAAGUAAUGCUUUGUAUCUCUCUGCCUGUGAGGUGCAAUCUUGAUAUUUUCCUUUCUCAAAACUGCAAAGGUGUUUUAUUUGGUGUACUUAAAAAGUUAAUGAAGAAACAGUUACAUGCCAAAACUCUCCCUGCCACUUCCUUCUCUAUUGCAUGUUAUUCUUUAUGCAUCCUUAUCACGUCACCUGUGUGUUCGUGUGUGUGUGUGUCUUUGUAUGUAUGAAAGAAAGAAAUGUGUAUAUAUACACCAAACCCAAAUAUAGAGCUUAAGCAAAUAGUGAAUAAAGCAAAUUUAUACUGAA